AUGCCCUCAAGUGACACACCUGCAACUAACAUGCCCCCAGGUGACACACCACCAACUAACAUGCCCCCAGGUGACACACCACCAACUAACAUGCCCCCAAGUGACACAUCUGCAACUGACACCCCCCCAAGUGACACACCACCAACUAACAUGCCCCCAAGUGACACACCACCAACUAACAUGCCCCCAAGUGACACAUCUGCAACUGACACCCCCCCAAGUGACACACCACCAAUUGACAUGCCCCCAAGUGACACACCUGCAACUGACACCCCCCCAAGUGACACACCACCAACUAACAUGCCCCCAAGUGACACACCACCAACUAACAUGCCCCCAAGUGACACAAUUGCAACUGACACCCCCCCAAGUGACACACCACCAAUUGACAUGCCCCCAAGUGGCACAACACCAACUGACAUGCCCCCAAGAGACACACCUGCAACUGACAUGCCCCCAAGUGACACACCACCAACUAACAUGCCCCCAAGUGACACAUCUGCAACUGACACCCCCCCAAGUGACACACCACCAAUUGACACGCCCUCAAAUGACACACCUGCAACUGACACCCCCCCAAGUGACACACCACCAACUGACAUGCCCCCAAGUGGCACAACACCAACUGACAUGCCCCCAAGUGACACACCUGCAACUGACAUGCCCCCAAGUGACACACCACCAACUAACAUGCCCCCAGGUGACACACCACCAACUAACAUGCCCCCAGGUGACACACCACCAACUAACAUGCCCCCAAGUGACACAUCUGCAACUGACACCCCCCCAAGUGACACACCACCAACUAACAUGCCCCCAAGUGACACACCACCAAUUGACAUGCCCCCAAGUGACACACCUGCAACUGACAUGCCCCCAAGUGACACACCACCAACUAACAUGCCCCCAAGUGACACACCACCAACUAAUAUGCCCCCAAGUGACACAUCUGCAACUGACACCCCCCCAAGUGACACACCACCAAUUGACAUGCCCCCAAGUGGCACAACACCAACUGACAUGCCCCCAAGAGACACACCUGCAACUGACAUGCCCCCAAGUGACACACCACCAACUAACAUGCCCCCAAGUGACACAUCUGCAACUGACACCCCCCCAAGUGACACACCACCAAUUGACACGCCCUCAAAUGACACACCUGCAACUGACACACCACCUAUUGACAUGCCCCCAAGUGACACAACACUAACUGACAUGCCCCUAAGUGACACACCUGCAACUGACACACCCCCAAGAGACACACCACCAACUGACAUGCCCCCAAGUGACACACCACCAACUGACAUGCCCCCAAGUGACACACCACCAACUGACACACCCCCAAGUGACACACCACAAACUGACAUGCCCCCAAGUGACACACCACCAACUGACAUGCCCCCAAGUGACACAUCUGCAACUGACACACCACUAAGUGACACACCACCAAUUGAAAUGCCCCCAAGUGACACAUCUGCAACUGACACUCCCCCAAGUGACACAAAACCACCUGACACUCCCCCAAGUGACACAAAACCACCUGACACUCCCCCAAGUGACACAAAACCACCUGACACUCCCCCAAGUGACACAAAACCACCUGACACUCCCCUAAGUGACACAAAACCACCUGACACUCCCCUAAGUGACACAAAACCACCUGACACUCCCCUAAGAGACGCUGAUUGUCGUCUAGGUGACUAG